AUGGCAGUGUUUGCACUUGUAUUUGUGUUCAACAGACUGACAGAAUCACCAGCUCCCCAUUUCCCCUAUGACCGAGACCCAGUGAGAAAAACAUUUGCCUCUCAAGUUUUCCAAUCUCGAAAGGAAUUGCCUUCAAACCUGCCAGAUUCUGAAGUAACCCCCUUUUGUUCUGGGAUCUUGGAUGGGAACCACGGCCAGAAAGUCCUCCUGAGCCUCAGCCCUUAUGCCCUCACCUUGGCAUUGUGCCACACAUACUGUUUCACCAGACCAGCCAAAUUAGAGUUUAUAAAUGUUGGACAUGGCGGAAAGGACAGAUGGCAGAGGAAAAAAUAUGUGCUUCGAAAACCACAGAACAUGUUUAACAAACUUCGCAACGUGGUGGGUGGGUGGGCAGACAGUCCACCUAAAAUGGCAUCUGCCAGUGGAAGGGAAUCAAAAGUGGAAGGGAAGAAAGGCACAGACAGGCUGGCAGAUCAGUGCUCCUCUGGAUCAAGAUGGAACUCAGCUAAUUGCUUAGAAUGCAGUUGCAGGGGUGGAGAAAUGUCCUGCUGUUCAAGAUAUGGCGGUACUGCAAGUUCUCCAGGCUGCAAAGCUGUUGUUAAUCCUGAAACAUGCGAGUAUGAAUUCUAUCGCAUUGACGACCCUUCGGAGCCAUGUUUCUGAGCCUCAGCAGCCCAUUCCUUU